AUGGGCAUCGUCAAAUUUGAGGAUUCACUCAUUACAGAAAACCCACUACUCAAUCAUACGGAUAAUGAAAGGAAUGCGGUGAAUGAAGAGAUGUUGGGAAACGUUCACAUCAGUGCCGAAUACGAAGAAGCAAUCGGAGAAGAGAUCUUAUUAGAUGUUCGCCCUUAUAAACUUGGGAGUGUUCUAAAGGAACCUCUGUCAUUCGUUGCAGAGGUGAUCCUUCGACUCUCUUCUGCGAUUGCUUCUGGUUAUACGAUAACUGGGUUCUUUUUUCUGGGAUUUAUCUGUGGUUGUGGUAUUAUUGCAGCUGCGGUGGCGUGGGAGUCGGGAAAGCCAUUGUCAAUAGAGGAAGUGGAAGUGGCACCGCCGCAGAAGGAUGAAGUCCGUAUUAAGAUACUCUUCACUUCUUUAUGUCACACCGAUGUCUACUUCUGGGAUGCUAAGGGACAAAAUCCUCUGUUUCCUCGUAUACUUGGUCAUGAAGCUGGAGGGAUUGUGGAGAGUGUAGGUGAGGGGGUGACUGAUCUCAAGCCUGGCGAUCAUGUUCUCCCCAUCUUCACCGGAGAAUGCAAGGAGUGUCCCCAUUGCUUGUCAGAAGAAAGUAACAUUUGUGAUCUCCUCCGAAUCAACACUGAUAGGGGUGAAAUGAUUAAUGAUGGAAAAUCCAGGUUUUCCAUCAAUGGGAAGCCUAUCUACCACUUCCUUGGCACCUCUACUUUCAGUGAAUACACUGUUGUCCAUGUCGGCCAGGUUGCCAAGAUCAAUCCGGAGGCUCCGCUUGAUAAAGUUUGUGUUCUAAGCUGCGGAAUGUCCACAGGUUUUGGUGCCACUGUGAAUGUUGCUAAACCCAAAAAGGGUCAAUCUGUUGCAAUUUUCGGACUAGGCGCUGUUGGUCUUGCUGCUGCCGAAGGAGCAAGAGUUUCCGGUGCUUCGAGGAUCAUUGGCGUUGAUUUGAACCCCAGCAGAUUCGACCAAGCCAAGAAAUUCGGUGUUACAGAGUUCGUGAAUCCAAAAGAUUACAACAAACCUGUCCGAGAGGUCAUUGUUGAGAUGACUGGUGGAGGAGUCGAUCGCAGUGUUGAAUGUACGGGGAGUAUCCAGGCCAUGAUUUCUGCAUUUGAAUGCGUCCACGAUGGGUGGGGAGUUGCGGUGCUUGUGGGUGUUCCAAACAAAGACGAUGCAUUCAAAACUCACCCGGUGAAUCUGCUGAAUGAGAAGACUGUCAAGGGUGCUUUCUUUGGAAACUACAAACCUCGGUCUGACAUUCCUGCUGUUGUGGAGAAAUAUAUGAACAAGGAACUUGAGCUGGAUAAAUUCAUCACACACACUGUGCCCUUCUCAGAGAUCAACAAGGCAUUUGAGUUGAUGCUGGCGGGUGAGGGACUGAGAUGUGUGAUUCGCAUGGAUGAAUAAGGACUGGCUGGCCUGGAUUGUUUUGCAAAGAGUGAUCAAGGAAAUAAAUAAUGUAUGCUAUACAUGGUUUUGCUGUUUUUAAUGGUAAAUUUUGUCCUAUAUUCAUGUCUCUCAUUCUGCCCUGGGUUCAACUUGUUGACCCUUACAGGCUUCUUUAUUAUAU